GUAGUAAGCAAAUUGCCAACCAUGAUUAUCUUCUAAUAAAUAACCGUGGUUGGUCAAUUUGAUUAUUGCACACAUCUUAAGGCAAAAUUGGACAAGAGGAAAGAAAUCUUAGUUUUUUUGGUCCUAUUUGGUCAAUUAAAUUCCACUCGACCCUCAGUGUGGUGUUUUUGAACACACAUUUGUUAAUUCCAACAUCUCCGAUACGCCACCGUCUUUAUCGACAAUUCGAGCUCGUAGUACGCCUCGGUGACGGAUUGAACGGGCUUUCUUUUACUUUCAAGUGGUGUGAUUCAACGGAGAAUCGAAUGACCUUUUCAUUUUCAAGUAUAUUGCGUGAUAUUGCGCGCGCUAAGUCAAUACAUAAUCUACACGUCGCGGUGAUAUCACCUUGAGCAGGUCAGUAACCAUACAGGAUCGAAGACGUCGACACAAAAAGAGACAAAGGAAGUGGGGUAUCAUCUUCGGGUUCACUUCUGUCGAUUCAUCUCACCAGAUAAGGCAAUAAAAAACGAAAAAGUAAACAUCGUCGACCUUAAACGUACAUCGCUCGCUUCUCCAGUUCCUUUUCGCAGAGUCGAAAAAAUUACUUGCUCAAUCGUAAGAGGAUAAUGUCUGACCCGCGCGUGAGAACGCUCAAGAUCAAAACCGGCGUGGUAAAACGUCUCGCGAAGGAAAAGGUCACGUACGAGAAGGAGGCGGCGCAGCAGCGAGAAAGGAUACAAAAAUUGAAAGAACAAGAUAAAGAUGGCUACGACAUAAAGAAGCAAGAAGAGGUGCUUCAAGAGUCCCUUAUGAUGGUACCGGAUUGCCAGCGACGUCUGGUUAAAGCAUUCGAGGAACUGAAGAAGAUCCUGGACACCGAGCAAGACUUGAAGGAGUUCGAGGACUACGUCGAAGCAGAGAAGGUGCUGCAAGAGGCAGAGGCGCAAUUGCCGAAAGAAGGGGACAUCCUGCAAAUGUGUUAAGAAGUGUUUGC